AUGGUAGCCAUUAAGGGUGGCUCCAGUCAGCCCUCUUUUGCCGAUCUGGUGGCUGCCGUCCCGCAACCCAUCCCUGAGAUGGUUCUUGCUCCUAGGAUUCCUAAGCUAGUUGAUGGUGAGGUGUUCUUUCAAUUCACCAAAGAAGAAAUUGCAAGAUCAACGAAGCUUUGCCGCUUCUCGGUAGUUCUGAAGUUUUUGAAACAAAGACCUUCAUUGGAUGCCGUCCGAUCAUUCAUUCAUAGCCGAUGGGGACUCUCUUCCACUCCGGUCGUAUCUUUCAUGUGGUGUCCUCGGAAUGUUUUUGUUCGUAUGAUGUCUGAAGCCGAUUUCACGAAAGCGCUCUCACGGGAGGUGUGUGAAAUUAACGGAAGUUUUUACCGUCCGUUUCGGUGGUCUCCAGAUUUUGAUGAAGAUGCAAAACCUUCAAGAGUGCCGGUCUGGGUUUACCUUCCAGGUCUUCCUCCGAACUUCUAUCAAGAAUCUUUCUUGAAUAUCCUCAUGAUGUUGAUAGGGAGUUUUAUCCGGUGUGACAACCCAACCAGGUGUGCUACACGUACGGAUGGAGCACGUUUAUGUGUAGAAGUUGAUGCUGCAAAACCUCCUCUUUCUCAUUUCUGGAUUGGGGCUCCGGGGUUACCAUCUAGUCGCAAGCAAGAAGUGAUUUAUGAGACUCUCCCGGCAUAUUGCAAUUCGUGUAAAAUGCAGGGACAUAAUUCUCAGACAUGCAGAGGAAAAUCUGGGCAGCACGGGAAUGGAUGUAAAGGGACGAAGGAUAAGCAGGAGAAAGGGCAACCGGUUGCUGUUAAUGGAGAGGGAAUGAAAGAAAAAGAAACGGAAAUUAAUAGGCCUGUUGUUAGUGUGGAAAAUAUGCAGAGUAGCGUCAAGGAGCAAACGGGUCCAGAGUCAACUACGGUGGAUUUAUGUCCGCUGUCUGCAUCUAUGGGGGUGAUUCCGAUAUGUGAGGAACCUGUGGGGAUGGUGGAAACUCAAAAGAACAAUGUGUUGGUGAUUAACCAGGUUGAAAACGGAGUGGAAGUUGUAGAAUCGGAGGCUGUAUAG